UUUAGCGCAUAGAGAGAAAGAAGCGAGUGGUUCACUCUUCACUCUUUCUCUCUCUAACCCUUCUCUCUCCUCGCUGCUUGGAUAAACCUUGUUCUCCAAUGGCGAUUUCGAUUUAGACGAUCAAGCGUGAGUGUGUGUGGGUUUGUUGUUUCUUCCUCUGUCUCUGCCACCAUGCCAAUAACUCUACGCGAGAAGGAAGUUGCAGAAAUCCUCGUUGAUCUGCCAGCUCUGAUUUUCAAAUUCGACCGUGCCCGUGGAUUCCCAUUCACCUGGGGAUGCAAGAAGAGGAGAUCUGCGAUUAACGUCUCCCCAUAUCCUUCUCCUCGUCACCAUCACCAUCACCCGCCGCCGCCGCCGCCGCUCAAAGCAGAGGUUUCUAGCCCCGCCACCCCUUUAUCGUUCUCCCCCAGUGAAUCUGACGACAACAACAACAACAACCCAUCAGUCUUCAGAAGAAACGUUUCGCUCAAACGGCAGAAACGAGAACACUACCUGAAUGUUGCUGAAGUAAUCACCAAAGACAAUGAAUUGCUUCAAGGAGAGAUACAGACUGUGAAGAGUUAUUUACAACGAUUGAAGGAUUUCAAUUCCAAGUUGAAAACCAAAAAACGUGAGCUGAUUGUUGGUUCAAUUUUGCAACACUCCGGCACGGCGGAGCAUCGGCCUUUGGUCGUGAGGCAGACGGCUGAGCCACCCCGAGUGAGUGACGGUGACGGCGCUGCAGCGCGUGGCAAGGGAACGACGUCGUUGGGAGAUUCAACCAGUGGCGAUGUGGGGCCCAGUAAAAUUCCUGAUCUGAACAUGCCAUGUGAGGAGGAGGAGGAGGAGCGCGUGGCGGUUGAAGUGAGUGAGGAGGCUGAGGCUAGUACGAAUCUGUGUAGGACCAUGGCGGCGGCGCAGGCGAGGCACAAUAGACUUCAGAUUCAAAGGGUCAAGAAUCCAAUCGGAAGUAACAAAAACCGUUACUCUUUUAGAUGAUGAUUAUAUUGAUAUUGAUAUUGAUAUUCUUUUUCUAAUUAUCAUAUAAUUCAGACAGAAAAAUCUUUCCUUUUUUUUCCAAUUCUUUCUUUUUGGUCUUCCUUUGAAGUUUCAAGAGAUUUUUUUGGCUAAGGUUAGUGGGAAGAUUGUAUAUUGGGGAAGAUUUUGUUGGAUUUAUGUUUAUUGAAUCAUUUACAAUAGAGUUUCUGA